CAUCCACCAUCCACAUCCAACCCCCACCGCACCCUGCCAUCUCUCUCUCUCUCUCUCUCAUUCCCCGGGGCGGAGACUGUAGUGAAGGGGAGUGGGCGGGAAGGAAAUCUCUAAAAGUAGAGCGGAGAGGUUUAUUUUAGGGGAGAGAGGGCUCAAGCCUGGAGGACAAUCGCGCGGGGGGCAAGUCCCGAGCGGGGGAGGGGACAGAGAUCACCUGGCAGGACAGCUGAGGACCGGAGCUUGGGGGACCCGAGCCCAGGCGGGGCGGGAUCGCAGAGGAGCUGAGGGCAGGGGCCAAGGCUGGGGGCGGGACCAGGCGGGGCAGGUGGAGCCGCCGCGGGAGCCCGCCCGGCGGAGCCGAGGGAGGGGGCGGCUGGGCCAGGGCCAUGGAGCUGCUCAAGCUGAACCGGAGCGUGUCGGGAUCCGGACCCGGGCCAGGGGCUUCCCUGUGCCGCCCAGGGGGGGCCCUCCUCAACAGCAGCGGUACUGGCAACCUCAGCUGCGAACCCCCUCGCAUUCGCGGAGCCGGGACACGAGAAUUGGAGCUGGCCAUUAGGGUCACCCUUUACGCAGUGAUCUUUCUGAUGAGCGUCGGAGGAAACGUGCUCAUCAUUGUGGUCCUGGGAUUGAGCCGCCGCCUGAGGACUGUCACCAACGCCUUCCUGCUCUCUCUGGCAGUCAGCGACCUCCUGUUGGCUGUGGCCUGCAUGCCCUUCACUCUCCUGCCCAAUCUCAUGGGUACCUUCAUCUUUGGCACAGCCGUCUGCAAGGCGGUUGCCUACCUCAUGGGGGUGUCUGUGAGUGUGUCCACGCUAAGCCUCGUAGCCAUCGCCCUGGAGCGGUACAGCGCCAUCUGCCGACCACUGCAGGCUCGAGUGUGGCAGACGCGCUCCCACGCGGCUCGUGUGAUCGUGGCCACAUGGAUGCUGUCUGGACUGCUCAUGGUGCCCUACCCCGUGUACACUGUUGUGCAGCCAGCGGGGCCCCGUGUGCUGCAGUGCGUGCAUCGCUGGCCCAGUGCGCGGGUUCGCCAAACCUGGUCGGUACUGCUGCUCCUGCUCUUGUUCUUCAUCCCCGGUGUAGUUAUGGCAGUGGCCUAUGGGCUUAUCUCCCGCGAGCUCUACUUAGGGCUUCGCUUUGACGGUGACAGUGACAGCGAGAGCCAGAGUCGAGUCCGAAGCCCAGGAGGGCCGCCAGGUGGUGCGGGAACAGGUCCCGCCCAUCUAAACGGGCGUUGCCGGCCUGAGACGCGGCCGGCUGGAGAGGAUGGCGAUGGCUGUUAUGUGCAGCUUCCUGGUUCCCGGCCUGCGCUGGAGCUGUCUGCGCUGACCGCGCCCACUCCCGGGACAGGAUCCGGCCAGCCCAAGCCAGCCCAAGCCAAGCUGUUGGCGAAGAAGCGCGUGGUGCGGAUGUUGCUGGUGAUCGUUGUGCUUUUCUUCCUCUGUUGGUUGCCAGUGUACAGCGCCAACACAUGGCGUGCCUUCGACGGCCCUGGUGCCCACCGCGCACUUUCAGGUGCGCCCAUUUCUUUUAUCCACUUGCUGAGCUAUGCCUCGGCCUGUGUCAACCCCCUGGUCUACUGCUUCAUGCACCGUCGCUUUCGCCAGGCUUGUCUGGAUACGUGCGCCCGCUGCUGCCCCCGGCCACCACGAGCUCGCCCCAGGCCUCUUCCAGAUGAGGACCCUCCCACCCCCUCCAUUGCUUCACUGUCCAGGCUGAGCUACACCACCAUCAGCACACUGGGGCCUGGCUGAAGGGUGGGGGCAGGGUGGGAACCGAGGCAGGACAGGCCAAUUCCUGCAAGCACUGACCCAUGCAGACGCACAAGACACACAGACAAAAACUGACACAAGAUACUGACACCCAGUAGCAUGAGCUAAAACCAAUGCACAGGAAAAGGUGGCUUAUCUGACACAAAGGAAACAAACCAAACCCCACACAGGAAACCAGGCACACUCUUGACAUGGCAUGUAGAAACAUGGCACUGACCUUGGACGUACCCAGUCACAGCGUCCCUAGCAAUGGACUAUCCCUACACAGUGGGAACUCCGAUGGCUGACUUGCCUCUCCUACACAUACAGUAAUGGCACGAAUUCUUUUAGGAGCCUGGCAUGGGGCUGACUCCUGAGAUGCUCCAGGGUGCUCCCAGUUUGACCUCACAGUGCCCUUCCCCAAUCAGCUCUGGAAAUACCCCAAUCUUACACAUCCCUGACCAACAGGCUGGUUUGCACUGAAAAGUCCCUUCAUUCCUUUCCAAUUAAAUACUGUGUCCCUGCCCCCUCCUCCCUCACCUGACCUCUUCAAGAAAUAAUAAAUGGCUUGGCUUCCUCCUAAA